CCCUAUCUUUGGUGGUUUCAUGAAAGCUUGAUCGACCCAUACUACACUGUUACCUCCUAAGCGGUCUACACCAAUGACGGACUGGCAGAGGGUAAGCAGCUUGUUAUUCAUCAUGCAUUAUGACUAUCGAAGCAACGGAGAAUUGCGUGAAAACCACUCUCUAGGCUUCCCCACUACCUAGUAUAUAGCAGGCCCGUUUCUGCUGUUAUGUGGGAGCAUCAAGCCCUUUCAAUCUUCCAUCCACAAAACUCAUUAUCUGAGAAAACAUGGCCACUCAUCCUGCACUUCAAAUAACCGGCAUCAAGAAGCCGUUGAAGUUGGUGCAAGUCCCCACCCCGGAGCCCCAGCAAAAUGAAGUCCAAGUCCGCAUAGAAUGGGUACCUUCCGCACCCUUGGACGUGUACCAAGUGGAUGCUGGCUUAAUGGUCCAAUUCCCUCAGGGUCUCGGUGACAGCGGUGCUGGUACCGUGGUGGCAGUUGGGCCGGGUGUUGAGCGCCUUCGUGUUGGUGAUCAAGUCUUUGGUUUCUUCUUUCACAACGACAAGGAGAAGGGCCAACAGAUCUAUGUAACCGCAGCGGAACAUCUCUUUGGAAAGACGCCCCCAAGUGUGUCGCUGGCUGCCGCGGUUACGGUGCCGACAAACUUCUGUACCGCAUUUCUGACUCUCUCUGAGAAGCUUGGACUGGACCUGCCUUGGCCACGUCCCUCCAACUUUACCCCUCAGCACCAAGAUGCACCGAUUCUCAUCUGGGGAGCAGGUAGCUCCGUUGGUCAAUUCGCAGUCCAGAUCCUCCAGUAUUGGGGAUACACGGAAGUCAUCGCAACGGCAUCUUCCAAGCACCACGAAAGGAUCAAGGGCUACGGCGCCAAACAUGUCAUUGAUUAUCAAGACCCCAACGCCAUAGACUCGAUCCUCAAGAUAUUGAACACAGAAAGCCCCGCCAUUCCCAUUCGCGCUUUCGACUGUAUCUCCUCGAAGUCCGGAUCUCUGCAGCAUAUCGCCAAAAUCGCAACUCUGCCAGGCUCAAUUGUGGCCGCUGUUCUCCCUGUGGUUACCCGUUCUCCUUCAGACAAGGAGGGUGUGCAGGUUUCAGCUGACGUUGCCGGGGAAGCACCCUGGAUGUCUGGUGUAGAGGUCCACAGCGUUAUAAGCUAUGCUUAUGAAGCGAAUGCCUUUUUGAAAGAUCAUCUAUUCCCAGAUAUUGUUCCCGCACUACUUGACUCGGGGGCCAUUCAGCCGAAUAAGUAUCGUGAGAUUGAAGGCGGCUCGCUCUUGCAGAGGGCCUCCACGGCUCUGGAUACCUUGAGAAGUGGCACUGUUAGUGGUGAAAGACUUGUCUGGAAGGUUUGGACCAAGGAGGAAUACCCGCAAUAUGAGUAAACUGCUUCGAUAUAGUCAAUAUGUGCAGGAAAGUAGGACGUACUAGAGUGUUAGAUGACUGUGUUGAACCUAAUGUAAAACUUGGAGAUCAAGUCUUUU